UCCAGUUCAGGAAGAUCGUUUCGUCCAUUUUGUUUCAUUCUGUGGGCGAUUUGGGAUUAGAUUCUGCGGGCACGAGGAAGAAUUCCGCAGCGGUGUUUAUAUUCACUUGCGGGUAGCACAAGACACCUUGAACCUCGCAAAGAGCUGGCACAGUUUUUCUAUCAUCAUGGUUGACUACUACGUUCUGUCAUUAGCUUCGAUCGAUAGGUUGAAUGGUUUGGUAGGUGGUGUUUGGCUGGAGUUAAACAAAUCCCUCUGCAAGCACUUGAGUCAGGAGCUGCAAGAACAUAAAAAAUUCUUGACGAGGAACUCGGUCAAGCUCCGUUUCCGCCGUGAUGGGAGCUCCAAGCAGCGCGUGGCAAUGCGUAAGCUGUAUGCCGUAAUUAAGCAAGCCGAAAUCUUGGUACAGCAGUGCUGCGGAAGGGACAAAUCGGUUGAUCCGACAUGGCCACACUGGCUGAAGAGAGCACUCACUGUACGAGAAAUCAAAGAAGAUGUGUUUGAUAUCAUUCUUCACCUUCGGUGGUGGACAGCGAUCCUGGAAAUCAUAAUUAUUUCAAGCACGGAUAAAUCUCUUCCUCGAAUGGGGAACGAGAUCGGGUCGCAGAGCGGAUCUUACAGUGAAGAGGAAAGCUUCAUACUAGGAGCUUUGAAGUUUGCUGAUGAAAAGUUUGAGAGAGAUCGGGGUUUGAUCAAAAAAGACCUCAAAGAUGGAGCUAAAAAGGACAGGGACCAUCUAAUUAUAAAGCUAAAAGAUUUUCGAGAAUCAUUUUCUAGUGAACCUGAAACACAUGGCCGCAACUUGUACCUAAUCUCAGCGCAGCUACUCUAUCUUCUGUCGGACAUAGAAGCCCAGACUCAGACGGUCGAUCGCGACUCAGAUUUGAACAGGUUCAAGAUCCUGAGAAACGUAGGACACGGUGGAUCUGGAGUUGUAAGCGAAGUAGAAUGGUGCGAAUAUGUAUGUGCUCUGAAACAAUUCCCGGCGGCGACGUCAACUGCUGACCGACGCGAAUCUGAGAGCUUGAGAAGAUUCCACCAUCCUCACAUCGUGAAAUUUUUUCAUGAUUGGGAAGAGUUCCAACAUUCUUAUAUUCUUAUGGAGGCAAUGCCCACAGAUCUUGAGAAGCACAUGGCAAAUAUGAAGAGCAGGAAGUCUGGUCCAAAGAGGAAACAUUUGAACUCGUUAGAAUCGCCGUUCUCCGUGCCUGUGGCGAUUGAUAUCAUGUUGCAGUUGGUGCGCGGUCUUUGUCACAUGCACGAGCAAGACGUCAUUCACAGAGAUAUUAAAUUGAGAAAUGUGCUUGUGAGACAAGUGCGAGAAGAUGAGGUUUCAGAGCUCGCUUCUCUGGGUUAUUUGCAUGUGAAAUUAGGAGACUUCGGUCUUGUGAGAGAGGAAAUCAAAUCAUCUUAUGAAGGGAAGAUUUCAUUAAAGGCUGGGACAUCCCAUUACCGCGCGCCAGAGUUGUCCGAUGAGGAAUACGUCAAUGGGCCGAAGAAAUAUCCCAAAAAAGCCGACGUGUGGAGCUUCAGCAUCAUGGCAGCAGAAGUUCUGCGUGGGGAAGAGGCUUUCCCUGGAAUUGCAUCACUAGGUGGCCUUGUGGGACAACUGGAAGCAGGUCUGAGACCUAUUUUACCAGUUGACUGUCCAGGUUAUUUGAAGUCGUGUUUGGAGAAGUGCUGGAGGUUCGAUUAUAAAGAUCGACCGAGAUUCUCAGAAGUAUGGAAGAUGCUGAGACUUGCAGAGUUGCAAAGCCUGGGCAUCGUGGACUCCAUUCCGAUGGAAGAUCCACAACCACCGGAGAGGAUCCCAUCAAAUGGAUCACCAGGAUUUUCUAUUCAACCAGGGGAUGUUCGUCAAGAAAUAGCGAAACAAUCGAUGGAGUGGACCAAGUUAUUGAGAUACGUAUUGAAGCUAUUGAAGCUCAAAUUCAGAUUUGCGAAGGAGGAAGUCCCAGAAGGCUUGAGCAUUCAUUCUCAGUCGUUUCAUCAAGCACCGUUUGAUGGGCUUGUCAAUCGGGUUUGGCCCGAAGCAUCUGCACUUGAUUGGGAGUUGGAUGUACUCUUCUUCGAAGGAAACGUAGGGAGCAGAUCUCAAUUGUCCUGUAGAGAUACGUGGUUGCAGCGUAACCAACCAAAUGUAUUCUGGCCUCAAGAGUGGUUACCUAAAGAUGUAAAAAGGAACAUUCGUGUGUCGGUGCUGGACUAUACUAUCUCGUGGGAAACCAACGGUCUGAAAGAGCUUAUAGAAGAUAUGAAGGACUAUUGGCUUUUCAGUGACACCUCAAACGAGAACCGCAACUGGCAGCGCCCGAUUGUUCUUGUGGGACAUAGUUUGGGAUGCGCUGUCAUUCAGGCCUUGGUCGUGAAUCUCGCUGAAACUGCUGAAAAGCAUCAGGAUUCGGAGGAUGAGACUGAGAAAAGGAAAGCUGAAAUAUCAAGAGCAUUUCUGAAUAGUUUGGCGGGGUUUUUCUUCUACGCUCCACCACAUACAGGUCUGGUUCGAGAUUACGAGAUUCGGAAACAUGUCUGGGGAGGGUUGAUCAAUUCGCGCCAAGUCUUAAAAAAUCUUUAUACAGGACCUCCGUGGCUGAAUGAGCCAUUUGGAUGCUUUCUAGAGUUCAUCAAAGCCAAAAAUAUAUCACGAAGUCGUCAAAUAAGGUGCACGGAGUUGAACGAAGGCCGUUACAUGCAAAAUCAGAAGAUGGUGGUGCAGGACAGUAAAGUACCGAUCGACGGAUUCCAGUGUGAAAUUAUAAGUGAUUCUAACCAUAUCGACAUCUCCAAACCUGUGGAUAGAAAUCAUGUAACUUAUCAGAAACUUGUUGAGUUUCUGAUGGAAAUCGAACUUUCGGAGAAAUCAGAAGGUUGAUCUAGCUCACAUAGGGACUGCUUUACGGCCCGUUGAAGUCGGCCAGGGCGUGCAAGUUACGUAUCUGGACACAUCAUUGGGUCUAUGAAACACGUUCGGCCGAGAUAUUCUGUUCCUGUAGACUUGCAGUCAACACUCUUGUGUACAGCAGAUUGUGCUUCACUUCCCAGAUGUGCCUCACUCAACAGCUCGAGGAAGAUGCGGAAGGCAUGUGGCAGUGGCAUUGUAGACAAGAAUGGGAAGAAUGUCUUCUACCAGCACCAAAAACAUCAAUAAUCUUUCUAGAACCAGAUUAUGAUUGAGCUCUUGUGUUACCGAAAACAGGAAUGAUCAGAAUUGGGUUGGCAAGUUGAUGCCUUGCGUUGAGGUUAAGGUUCAGUGGUGAGCAACACUUGGGCAAGUUAUCUUUGCCAACAACCAUCAAACCAGGAAUUGUUCCUUGGCCAGUUGUGUAUGCCCAGUGUAUGUAAUUUUUAGGACUUGUAAUAUAUCAGUUCCAUUUUUAUCAGAAAUGAUGGGAAGAGAAGAAGAAUUUUUACCUUUGAUGUUGAAAACAAGUUUAAGUUUGCGAGGAAGCAUUUAAUUGAAAUUGUGGUUCAGUGUAA